AUGCCACCAACGCUUGAUCACGAUGGUGUCCCUGGUACCGCUGAGCUAACCGGGCCAGAUCAUGAUGGUGUCGCUGGUACCGCUGUGCUGACCAGGCCAGAUCACGAUGGUGUCCCUGGUACCACUGUGCUUACCGGGCCAAAUCACGAUGGUGUCGCUGGUACCGCUGUGCUGACCGGGCCAGAUCAGGAUGGUGUCGCUGGUACCGCUGUGCUGACCAGGCCAGAUCACGAUGGUGUCCCUGGUACCGCUGAGCUAACCGGGCCAGAUCACGAUGGUGUCGCUGGUACCGCUGAGCUAACCGGGCCAGAUCAUGAUGGUGUCUCUGGUACCGCUGUGCUAACCGGGCCACAUCACGAUGGUGUCGCUGGUACCGCUGGUCUAACCGGGCCAGAUCACGAUGGUGUCGCUGGUACCGCUGUGCUGACCUGGCCAGAUCAUGAUGGUGUCGCUGGUACCGUUGAGCUAACCGGGCCAGAUCAUGAUGGUGUCGCUGGUACCGCUGACCUAACCAGGCCAGAUCAUGAUGGUGUCGCUGGUACCGCUGUGCUGACCGGGCCAGAUCAUGAUGAUGUCGCUGGUACCGCUAAGCUAACCGGGCCAGAUCAUGAUAGUGUCACUGGUACCGCUAAUCUAACCGGGCCAGAUCAUGAUGGAGUUGCUGGUAUCGCUGUGCUAACCGGGCCAGAUCAUGAUGGUGUCACUGGUACCGCUGUGCUAACCGGGCCAGAUCAUGAUGGUGUCGCUUGUACCGCUGUGCUAACUGGGCCAGAUCAUGAUGGUGUCGCUGGUACCGCUGUGCUAACCGGGCCAGAUCAUGAUGGUGUCGCUGGUACCGCUGUGCUAACCGGGCCAGAUCAUGAUGGUGUCGCUAGUACCGCUGUGCUUACCGGGCCAGAUCAUGAUGGUGUCGCUGGUACCGCUGUGCUAACCGGGCCAGAUCAUGAUGGUGUCGCUUGUACCGCUGAGCUAACCGGAACCAAACCAACCAAGAAAGGCAGACCACAUAAGAAGAAAAAAACAUCAAUUUCAUCCAUCAAUCCCAGUGAUGCCGAGUCUUCCCAACCGACAAAUGACCAGUUGGUAUAUUUUCAGGGAAAGCCAGGAAGUUGA